GCGAAUGGGUCCAACAGCACCGUAUGCGGUGCUCAGCACCAAGCAACCUAAAAGAAGCCUCUGCUGUGACGUCUAGGCCCAACUGCUGGGCUGCACUGGGAUCCCACACUGCGAAGGGAGCGUUCCUGGAGGGCAUCAGUUUACACUGGUUCCCUACUCGCCUUUAGGAUGGGGCACUGGGCCCACAAAGGCAAAGUGAAGUGGCCCAGGGCUCUGAGGUGGGGGUUAGGACGGCUAUCCCAUUGCGGAGGUCACAGAGAAUCCCGCAGCAGAGCUACGUUUGUACGGCGUGGAGGGGGCUGGUGAAGGCUCGGGAUGGACACCAUUCCUGCUCCUGUGCGACGUUCCCCGUGGGACUCAGGAACCAAGGGAAGCCAUGCGCUCCGAGGACUUAGUCUCCCCCGGCAAGAGCUGAGUUCCUGGGAUUCAAGGCCACGGAUGUGGGCACUCGAUCGCACCCUCCAGGAGUUGGAGGAUCUUUUGGAACAACUUCCACCAUACCUGCGGGACCUGUCUGGUGAUGAUGACAAUGUGCUGGUGUGGAACAUGCUCCUGCUGCCUGAACAACCUCCGUAUAACCUCAAGGCUUUCCGUCUGCGGAUCGAUUUCCCCAGGGAGUAUCCAUUAAAGCCUCCCACUUUGAAAUUCAUCACCAAGAUCUACCACCCUAACAUCAGCAAGGAUGGGCUGGUGUGCCUGCCCCUCGUCAGCAUCGGGAACUGGAAGCCUUACACCAAGACCUACCAAGUCUUGGAGGCCCUCAUUAUGCUGGUGAAUAAACCCAAUCUAGAAGAGCCUGUGCAGUUGGAACUUGCCGAGCUCCUGACCCAGAACCCAGAGAUGUUCAAGAAAAAUGCAGAAGAGUUCACCCUUCGAUUUGGAGAGGACCGACCCGCUUAGCUCUCCUUCUCAGGCCUCUCUGCCUAGAUCUUCUGCUUAGUGGGUGGGUAUCAGGACUGGCACCAGAGGCCUUUGGAGGCCUAUCCUGUGCUCACAUUUUCCUUUGUGGCUGCUAAUUAUGAAUAAAUGUGCCUAGUGUGUG